CCAGGUCACAGCGAGGAGGCUGAGAGGACGAUGGAAUGGAGGCCCCGGAGCAGUUCCGGGAGUACCAGAGGCUGCAGGACUUUGAGGAGGACUCUCCCCCUGGAGAAGAGGACCUGCUGGUACAUGUGCCCGAGGCCGUGAAAGACUCCUGGCAUCACAUCAAGAACCUGGACAAUUUCUUCACCAAGAUAUAUCACUUCCACCAGAAGAAUGGUUUUGCCUGUAUGGUGUUGUCGGACUUCUUUGAACUUGUCCAGUUCCUCUUUGUUGUCACUUUCACCACCUUCCUCUUUCACUGCGUGGAAUACGAUGUUCUCUUCGCCAAUAAACCCGUCAACCACACCCACUCGGGGGCGGGGCCUGAUCGCAACAAGGUGACCCUGACAGACGCCAUCCUGUCCGCCCAGGAGUGCGCCCUCCAUGGGGUGCAGUUUUUGGGGUUUCUGAAUCUGUUUUCACCAUGCUGGGCAUUUUGCCGGCAGGUCUUCAUCCUGGAGGAGCUCCUCAGCCCGAUCAUCACCCCGUUCAUUCUGAUCUUCUCUCUGCGCCACAAAUCUCUGGAGAUCAUCGACUUCUUCCGGAACUUCUCGGUGGAGGUGGUCGGGGUCGGUGAUAUCUGCUCAUUCGCUCAAAUGGACAUCCGGAAACAUGGCAACCCUCAGUGGAUGUCAGAGGGCCAGACGCAGGCCUCCGUGUACCAGCAGGCAGAGAACGGGAAGACGGAACUGUCACUCAUGCAUUUCGCCAUCACCAAUCCUCACUGGCAGCCGCCAUUGGAGAGCUCCAUGUUCAUCGGUCACGUGAAGGAGAAGGUCCAGCAUGAUGCCGCUCACGCUCCUCCUGCCCAGCAGAUCCUCUGUGACGCCCCAAUCUGCAGCUCCCUCCUGUCCAACGAGUCCGGAACCGCGCCUGAUAACCUGCUGGCCAGUGUCCUCAUCCAUCCGGCGCUGACCUCCAGCGGAUUGCCCACCCGCGAUCGCCGAUUUGCACAACCAACGACCACGGCUUGUGCAGCAGCCAGUGUGCUGGCGUCCCUCUCCGCGUCCCAGAUCUCCGGCCGCCCCCAGGGGGCGCUCUCCAACCCCUCAUUGUACAACAGUGACCGCACCGUCCUGCAGCAGAG